AAUUCCGCUCUUUUAUUUUUGUUUUUAUUUGUUGACUCCACUCUCAUCGCUAGCUUAGUUACCAUAGCAACACUAGCUUAGCUUGUUUCCAACAAUUUUACUGUCAAAAUAUAAAAUGUUCAAACAUUACCCUCUUUUCCGAGUCUCAUUGUAUCGCUUUCUAGCAAUGAGUCCAUGACAGCACAUCUCACAAUAUAUGUUGUCAUGGUAACGUUAUCUGAGGGUCAGAACAACUGUUUGUAGUGAGGCGAAAGCGAGCUGAUAAGGAGUUACCAUAGUAACACACGCGCUGAUAAGGAGCUGAUAAGGAGUUACCAUAGUAACACACGCGCUGAUAAGGAGCUGAUAAGGAGUUACCAUAGUAACACACGCGCUGAUAAGGAGCUGAUAAGGAGUUACCAUAGUAACACGCGCUGAUAAGGAGUUACCAUAGUAACACACGCGCUGAUAAGGAGCUGAUAAGGAGUUACCAUAGUAACACGCGCUGAUAAGGAGUUACCAUAGUAACACACGCGCUGAUAAGGAGCUGAUAAGGAGUUACCAUAGUAACACACGCGCUGAUAAGGAGCUGAUAAGGAAUUACCAUAGUAACACACGCGCUGAGGAGAUAUGUCCAGAAUGAGGACUACACCCCACCACUCCCCCUUAUCACGGAGACACAGUGACUCAGCUGCUAAACAGAACAUGAAGACAGCCCCCUCCUCCCCCUCCUCUCCCUCCUCUCCCUCCUUCUCCUCCCUCUAUUCUCCUAACAGCUGUUUUAGUCCUAUCAGAAAGUUAGGCUUCUCUUUCAGACCCUAUCUAGUGAGAGAAAAGUACUUCUGUGAACACGACGCUACUGAAGAGGACAAGGUUUCUACGUAUAUCACGUGGGUAAACAACCAGCUAGCACGAGGUGUGAACACUCAGCCCAUAUCUAACCUGGAGAGGGGAAUAAGUGACGGAGUAACUCUGCCUCACUUGCUUCAGAUACUCGGAGAGGAAGCAGUCCCGGAGGUUGUGAUCCCUCCUAAAACUGAGGCUCUGAGAAAACAGAACAUCAGGCUAUGUUUCCAGUACCUACAACAGCGACACAUCCACCCCAGAAACAGCACUGCACCAGACGUAUCUAACGGUAACGUGAAGUGUAUAAUGAGGCUAAUGUUAGCGCUCGCAGCCAACUUCAAGACUUAUCGGCCAGACUCCAGGGCUAUUGGCUACGUCUGUAAGAACUCAGAACACCCCAGUAACGGAAACAUGGUAUCGCACGACAGUAACAUAGGUGAUACUGAUGAUAUGGGAUGGAUGUAUGACCAAGUAAUAGACACAAGGAAGCAGCUAGAAAGUCUAAAACACCUGUUACUCAAGGAUAUUACAGAUGACGAGAAGGUGUUACUGGACGAGGUGGGAGUUGAAGUGAGUGAGCCUGUUUGUAAUAGCUGUCAGGAUACUUCAGAGAAGAUGAGAUCACUGGAGCAUCUCGUCACGCAACGAGACCAGCAGCUGAUGGAGCUAAAGGCGGAGGUGCUGCACUUGAAGACACGUGACAAGUAUAUGACCAAUGAGUUGGACGAGAGGAACGUGCAGAUCACUAAACUUAAACUACUGCUCGAGCGAAAACAGGCAGUAUCAGACUCCUCAAAGCCGCGCGACAAGAAGGAAGCAAGAGAGAACACUAAAAUCCUGUACUAUCUGGGCACCUCUACUACUCCUUAUCUCUCUUCCUGUCCUAAACCUCUGGGGGAGAUAUCACUACGCGACUUUAAGAACGUGGUUAACAGGGCCGGUAGAUACAGGUACAACUUCAGAACGUUUGAUAGAGAUGUGGGACCAGUAAAGCAGGAACUAGCAGAGGAUGGAGCCCUGUUGCCAGGGUGGGAGGGACGCAUUGUCGGCUUCGUGGAGGAACUACCCCCCGGCAAUAGUCUCGACCACAUCGAAAUAUAGACACGUGGUGUGACGUCAUGUCACGUGGUAUGACGUCAUGUCAUGUGGUGUGAUGUCAUGUCAAGUGCUGAGAAAAGCACAUUUAUAACUAUUAUUAACCAUAGGACAUUUUGAAUCCUACAGAGAAAUUGGUUGGAGCGGGUUUAGUGGUUACAUGUAACGUGUGCUGUGCAGAAAGCUUUGCUGUAGAUCACAAACUGAUUUUAUCAUAGAGAGGUCCGACAUAGAAACAUAGAUCUUAAUUUUAUAUAGUCCCGCGCGUAUGUUGUUUUGUCGCACUUGGCACUUGGCCAAACUUCGUGUUAUGUCACAAGUCACGUGGCGCAGAUUAUGAGGCAUAUUAUUACAUUAAUAUGUAAUAUUCACCUGUAAUAUUACAUUAAAAUGUAAUAUUCACCUGUAAUAUUACAUUAAUAUGUAAUAUUCAUUAGUCCCUUGAAUUCAGAGGUUUUUAUUUGUGCUUUAUACUGAUUUCUUGGCUAACAAAUGAACUGAUGAAUAAAUUUGUUAAUUUAUAGCUAGUUAUUUAGAAAAUGAUAGAGGCUAUUUACUAGAGUAGUAGUACUAUUACUACUAGGGUAAUUAUGCUGAUUUUAUUUAGAUUGAAUGAACUGAUUACUAAAAAGUAUUUAUUUUGCAAGACUGGGAAAUGUGUUAACGUGUCUUUAAUUCAUGGUAAAAUAUUUGCGGUGUGCAAUUUUGGGGGACCUAUUUUACUCCUUUAGAUUUAUUUAUUGUUUCGUUUUUAUGCUGUAUAUUUUGUUAAAAAUUGUAAAAAAGUUCCAAGCUCAGUUGAAAAAGGACAGUUAAAAUCUUUUGAUCUAAAUUUAUACAAGUCAACCAGAAAAACUGGACGAAGAUAACUGGAUAUUGAAUAAAACUAAGUAAAGUAGAAAUAACCAUAAUUAGCUGUUGUUUAUGUUCUUUCGUCUUCGAAGACAUAUAUUUUUUAAAUAAAUUGUCGGUGAAAUUAAAUAAAUGUGGCUAAUAUUACUGUUAUGUUAUAUAAAUCGUGUCCUAUCAAUAUUUUGCUUUGUUCAGUUGAUUAAA